CCUUUCGUGGUUGGGUAACUUCCGCAACCGAAAAAGCGGCUUUCAGCAAUGCAUAUCCCAUGGAGAGCGUCAAUCAUCAUCAACUCCGGAAAUGCCAGUCUUCUUUGAAGUCCAUCAACGGCAGUGUCCCUGAUGCUGACUCACAUACCACAGCUACUUGCGCGUCUCACGCUUGAAUUGCCCAGACGGAAGUUUUCAACCGUAUUUGAUGAAACCAAAUAUAACUUUCGCCAAGGAAAACUCCCUUCGAAUGUAAUCUCAAAGCGCUGCAAGCCACAGGGUGGAUAUAAAUAACGCGUUCUUCCAUUAACGCUAGCAUAACAAAUGUUGUCGCCUCCCCCAGUACCGGUAGCUGACUCUGAUAUCCCCCCGCUGGGAAUGACAUUCGGUGCGGUUUAUAUCGGUGCUACCAUAGGAGCCAUUUUCUAUGGAAUAACCAUUGUGCAGACCGUCAUCUACUACAAGCAGUACCCUAAUGAUCCAAGGCUCUUUCGAUAUGCUAUCGCGUUAUUGUGCAUUCUCGAUACACUUCACGUUGUGACAAGCACUCAUGUCUUGUAUUUUUAUCUGGUUGAAUCGUUCGGGAAUUGGCUUUCUCUGUUCAGGACUGUAUGGAGUUUUCUGUUGCAAAUUCUACUCAAUACGUUAAUCAUCGUCGGCGUCCAAGCCUUAUAUGCCGUUAGGAUAUGGAAAUUUGGCCGUAACUUCCAUGUGGUCCUUCCGUGGUUCAUUUUUCUUGCUGUCGCUGCUUCUCUCACCGCUGGAAUCUAUGUUAUUUAUGAUACAUACACCCUCCCAAGCCUUUUUGACAGGCCGACCAUGAGAACAUCCGUUUAUGCAGUCUUCUCUACAUUCGUAGGGGCGGAUUUCUUCAUCGCCACUACAAUGUGCUACUACUUGCACAAGGGCAGGUCAGCGACCAGCUUCUCCAGUACGACGAAGAUUAUUAUGGGAUUGAUGCGGCUGGUUGUGAUGUCAGGUCUGGCUACGAGCGCAAGUUCGCUGUUUGCUCUUGUGGCGGACAUUGUUUGGCCAAAUAGUUUCAUUUGCAUCGCAGUCGAUUCCAUUCUACCGAAGCUCUACAUAACCUCCUUGCUCUCAAUGCUGAACGCACGCAACGUGCAAAUGAGGACGGGAACCAAAGAACAUCCUGUCCAUCAGACGAUACUCAGGUUUGCUCCUCAUACCUCUGGUAGCAGCGGGCCAAGUGAUUCAGCAGAGAGGAGCAUCGACAUAGCCCUUUCCGUAAUGGAAAGAGGACAUUCAAAUACCUGCCCCGAGGAUAUGACAUUCACUUGAGCAAUUACUCAAUAACGCUGUCCUAUCAAGAUAACUAGCUCGGUUGACUGCCAGGACAU